AUGACGUUCCUCAAGAAAGGUACAGUAAAUGUAUCUGAGAAUUCAAAUCAUUCAAAAUCAAAUUCUGCUCCCUCAGCAAAGUCUGCUGCUGGUUAUACUUUGAAAACUCACAAUAGAAUAAGUAGCGAUUACGCUAAAAAUAGACAUUCCACAAACGAUCUUAGAAGUUCAAUGGCUUUUACAGGGUCCAAACUAAAUUAUGAUUCACAGCACCAUUCAUCUGAAAAGACACCACUGGGAUCAUUAUCCGAUCAACUAGAAGUCCAUACAUUGACUGACAGUUACUCAGCUGAUAAUAUUCCCAAUAGCCCAUCUAUGGCAGCUUCUUCGUCGUCAACGUUAAAUAUAAGUUCAACUAAACCUUCUCAAAGAAACUCUAAUGCAUACGGAGGAGAGUUUUCUACUCAGUCCUCAUCAAGAAAAUCAUCAGGUAACAGUAUCAAUAGUCUUUCAUUUGACAAAUUAAUCUUAUCCUGGGAUCCCACAGAUCCCGAUGAAUGGAACAUGCAACGUAUAGUUUCAUGGCUAAAAUUCCACGAAUUCCCAGAUACGUGGAUUUCAACCUUCAAGAAGCAAAGACUUGUCGGACAGAAUUUUAUUAAACUACUUGCAUAUGAGAAUUUUGCAGUCUAUGAGAAAUACUUACCGCAAUCCAAGACUGCAUCAUAUAAGAAAUUCCAGACAUUGUUAAAACAAACUAUGACAAAAAAUGUAGCCAAUAGUAAUCAUAAUAAUGGACAUAACAGAGUAAGGUCUUCGGAUAAGUUGAAAUCAUCAAGAAGCUCUAGUGAAUCAAUCAAGAAUAAAACUAAGGAAGAAAUUGACAAUACUUCAAGAUCCGCAUCCGAAUCUAUGAUGUCACCAAUAAAAACAGCUCCAACAAAAACAGAGGAUAAAUCCAAACAUCCUCAAUUGAGAACUCAUCAGAAAACGAAAAGUGCCAGUGUUCUCUACAGGAAAAGUUUCAUAUCCUUACGUGGUUCAUUAACACCGUCGACACCUACACCAAAUAACAAUAAUCAACAGGGAUCUAACCAACAAACAAACGCUACUUCCAACAUCAAAUUAAAAAUUCCAUCAAGGCCAUCCUCUAUUAUUGAAUCAACUGCAUCUUCGAGUAAAUCAAAUACGCCACCAUUAUCCCCAUCGUCAUAUCCAAACAUCUUUAGGAGGAACCACAAAAGUAGUUCUUCUGAAUCAUCUCUUUUGAAUGCAAUUUUCGGUACAUCACAUAACAAUUCUUCAAAUUCCAAUCUCCCUGUCACGAAUAAGAAUGGCAGUGGAGUAUCCCCAAAUACGAAUAAGAUACACAAUACUAUAACAAAACCUCGAUCUAUCGAAAGUCCUUCAGACAGUUACAAGAGGAAAUCGUUUGAUGCAGCAAGUAAAUUAAGAAUGAACCAUGAGUCGUCAUCUUUGUCACCCACAAAGUCAAAUGCACAAGAAGAAAAAUCAAAUCUUUGGGGGAAACUAAAAAGAAGGAGUCAAUUUUCAAGUCCAUAUUCUUCUUCUGCCUUACCAACUCCGGUAGCUCCAUCAAGGAGUUCAAGUGUGAUUACAUUAACACCAGGCAAGGUAAAUCAUGACGUACAAUCGCCAAGUGUCUCAUCUAUGUCUUCAAAACUCUCUAAAAAGCAAACACUUGCUAGCGAAACAUUGACUGACAGCCCCAUUGUUACUCUUGCAAAGGAUGACGAAAAAGAAAAUAGUUCUAAAGAACCAGUUCUGAGUGUGGAUCCUAAAUAUUUUCCAGGUAAUUCCCUUACAGAUGAAGACAGAGAAACAUAUAUCCUUAUUACUAAAGAUAAUAAAAGUUACAUUCCAUUCCAAAUUAGCCUAUUCAAUUCUCCGGAAACAUUCAAAGAUACUAUAUGUACAAGACUAAAUAUAAGUGCUAAACAAAUGUGCGUACAUAUGACAAACUUUAAAGGGGAUAUAGGAUCGCCACUUACCGACGAUAUUAUCAGUAUGCUAGUAAAUAAUUCUUUCAAGGGUAGCACUCUACAAUUUUAUAUCAAGGAUCACAGUAAGAUUCAAAAUAGACUAAGGACUGGAACGUUAUCUAGUGAUAUUCAGCAUACCUUGCGGUCUGUGAAAAGUAAAGGUUCCGUAAGGUCGGUUACCAGCAGCAUACAUGGCACAACUGAUGAUGUGUCAAUCGUAACAUCGUCGUCUGAUAUUACUUCAUCUGAGGAUCACUCACCAAGUAACAAUUUCCGUAGAUAUCCUCAAACCCCAAGUUAUUAUUAUGAUAAUGCUGUGUUGAAUAAUAGUGGAUCAGAAGAAACUAACUAUUGGAAUGUUAAAGAGCAAGUACCAGAUGAAUUACCAGCGCCAAUUAUGACAUCUAAACCAGCCCAGAAGUUCAAUUUACAUCUACCUGAUAAGAAAAGAACGGGUAAUUUACAAGCAGAUUCUGACAAUAAAAGUAGUUUCAAUGUCUUAAGAAAAGAUGAUACAGGAGAAAUUGAUUUUAAUAAGAGAAGAGAAUCUCCAUAUAUUGAUUCAGAAUUAGCACCUAAGAGAAAUGCUCCCAAAGCACCCAGUAACGUCUCCCCACCAAGAAAUGUCUCUCUAUCUAGUCACACAAAUUUAAAACCAACUCUUAGAAGAACAAGUACUAAACGUAAGAUGAAGAAUAUGACAAGACCAAUUCCGAAUGGUGUAACCAAAGCACCCGUAGAAACUACAAGUCCCGUGUCUGACACAAUAGUGUCGUCAUAUACUCCUGCAUCUACCCAAGUAUUAGUUCCACAACCCUACAAAGGAGCAAGCGAUAUCACAAGAAAAAAGAAAACAGAGGAGGAAUAUCAUAAUCCUGCUUUAUCUUACAUUAACAAACAGAACCUUAACAGAUCCAGUUCUGUAGUAUCAGCGUCAAAUUCUAUAUUUAGUUCACCUUCGCCUGGGUUACUAAAAAGAGGUAGUUCAAGAAGAAUUGUGUCAUCUGCGAGUGCUGCCGAUGUUUUUGUCGAAAAUGAUAUCACAUUCGCUGAUGCUCCUCCAUUAUCAGACACUGAUUCCAACAAGGAUGAGAACAGUUAUAACAGUGACUCAUCAGAUGAUAUUAUCUGGUCUAACGCCUCGGAUAAGAGAAAUGAAUUUUCCCCAGAAAAAACUCAAACACAGGAUAAAGCUGAUUCUGACGUUGUGCUGGUAACUCCAACUACAGGGAAGGAUGUACUAGUUCGUAAGAUGACAUUAAGACCAUCGCCUGAAGUAGUUUACCAAAAUUUAGAGAAGUUCUUCCCAAGCGCCAAUUUAGAUAAACCAGUUGUUGAAGGCGGGUUAACUCCAACAUCACCAAUCUCAAUGAGACAAUCUUUUCAAGUAUCACAGUCCUCGUCCUCGAAUACUCCUCAAAACAAUCCAUUCAAACAACCUGAAUCAGACUCACAAAAUGAACCACCUUCUUCUGGAAAUAUGAGGCGUCUCAAGACACCUAAAAGGGCUAAAACUAUUAGAACAAUUGCCCACGAAGCAAGUGAAAAGAGAAAGCAAUCUAUGAAGAUUAAGAGACAGAAUACCAAAAUGUGGGGUACCAAAGUUGUUGAAAUUACCGAUAAGCAGGCUGUUGCUAUAAACAAAGCUAAAAAUUCAAAAGGUGAAUAUAAAGAAUUUGCUUGGAUUAAGGGGGAAAAGAUUGGGAAAGGUUCCUUUGGUGCCGUUUAUCUAUCACUUAACGUAACGACCGGUGAAAUGAUGGCAGUUAAACAAGUUGAGGUGCCUAAAUAUAGCUCACAAGAUGAAAAUAUUAUGAACAUGGUGGAGGCUUUGGAGUUUGAGGUGUCUACAUUGAAAGAUUUAGACCAUCCAAAUAUUGUUCAAUAUCUUGGAUUCGAGGUUAAGGACGACAUUUAUAGUUUAUUCUUAGAAUAUGUGGCAGGUGGUUCUGUUGGUUCUCUUAUUAGAAUGUAUGGUAGAUUCGAUGAACCGUUAAUUCAGUACCUUACCUUUCAAGUCCUCGAGGGUCUAUCAUAUCUGCAUUCCCGUGGAAUUUUGCAUAGAGACAUGAAAGCAGACAAUGUUUUACUAGACCAGGAUGGUAUUUGUAAGAUUAGUGAUUUUGGUAUUUCUAAAAAAUCCAAGGAUAUUUAUUCUAAUUCUGAUAUGACUAUGAGGGGUACAGUCUUUUGGAUGGCUCCCGAGAUGGUGGACACUAAACAAGGAUACAGUGCAAAGGUUGAUAUAUGGGCCCUUGGUUGUGUUGUCUUAGAAAUGUUUGCUGGGAAGAGGCCAUGGUCUAAUCUAGAGGUGGUAGCCGCAAUGUUCAAGAUUGGGAAAUCUAAAUCUGCUCCACCUAUUCCUGAUGAUACACUACCACUAAUAUCUGGCGCUGGUAGACAAUUUUUGGAUGCCUGUUUCGAAAUUGACCCAGAAAAGAGACCAACAGCGGAUGACUUACUAAGUCAUCCAUUUUUAAAGGACAGCAAUAAAUACGUUUUUGAUUCCACGGAACUUUACGAAUUUAUUAAAUCUAAUGAUAAGAUAAAUUCUACCAAGUUAAGAAUCUCUUCCCACGAAGGAAUCAAAGAUAACAAUAUGUAG